AUGCGACUCCCAUUAUUGACUGCUCGUUUACCAUUGCUUGCCAGGAGUGCCAAACAGCCCCGUAGGGCCAUUUCUACGACGUCCGCCCACCAUGCCGACUUCGCCCACAUAGUCAUUGGCGCCGGCGUCGUCGGCCUCGCGAGCGCCCGCUCGCUCGCGGCCCUCGGCCCCACGCUCCUCCUCGAGCGCCGCGCCAUGCACGGGACCGAGACGUCGUCGCGAAACAGCGAGGUGAUCCACGCGGGGCUCUACUACGGGCGCGACAGCCUCAAGACGGCGCUGUGCAUACGGGGCCGGCACCUCCUGUACGAUUUUUGCGCAGAGCACGGCGUCGAGCACCGCAAGACGGGCAAGUGGAUCGUGGCGCAGGACGAGACGCAGUUGCGGGCGCUCGAGGGCGUGGCGAGGCUCGCGGGCCAGCUGGACGUGCCGGUGCGCUGGGUGGGCGAGGCCGAGGUGGCGCGGGACGGGGAAGGCGUGCGCGCGGCGGCCGGGUGUUUGGAGAGCCCGGAGACGGGGAUCGUGGAUUCGCACGGGUUCAUGACGGCGCUGCUGGGCUUGUUUGAGGAGGACGGGGGAUCAUGA